UCGUACAUGUUUAUAAAACAUAAAAAUCCUGACUUAUAUUUUAGUUUAGAACAGAGAACAAGAUGUGGUUUGCUGUGUUAUGUGCAUUUCUUUCUUUGUCACUUGUGGAGAAUUCUCAACUCAAGAUACACAUUCCUCGUUCCAGCUCCGGAAACUAUCCACGUCUUCGUCUCAAUCAACAGUUUCCAUCUCUAAAUGAGUUCACGAUUUGUUCAUGGAUCAAACCGCACUUGAUUCAAAGAGAAUUUUCGACAAUUUUUUCCUACGCGACCACUCGAUCCAACAAUGAAUUUGCUGUGUGCCUUUCAAACAAACAUGGAAACGUCAAAGUAGGUGUCAAUAUCGCAAAAAGUUAUAUGGAAAUGCAAUGCCCAAAUGCAGAAUGGAGAGUGGGUGAGUGGUACCACCUUUGCGUUUCAUGGUUUAGCACAAAUGGACAUCUGCAAGUAUACAAGAAUGGGCAUCGGUGUUAUAACAAUAGCGUUAAAGAAAUUUUUGCUGAAGGCAACCAUGUUAAAGGAGGAGGUGUAUUUGUUGUCGGGCAGGAUCAAGAUGAUCUCGAUACUAAAUACGAAGCUGAUCAAGCGUGGAUUGGUGAUAUAGCGGACAUAAAUAUGUGGGACGAAGUUCUAACAGAAAGACAAAUGAUAGAAGCUGGUAAAUGUGAGGGGAAAAGGAAGAAAGGAAAUAUUAUUGGUGGAUUGAGAACUUCUAUGACAGCUUUAGGUAUUUCUAUAUCGGAAACUGAACUCUGUCUGCCUUAAUUAAAAACUGAUGAGUUAUUAGGUAAGAAGAUAAGACUACUACAAAGAAUAUGAAUUUAAGUUCAAUACGUAUUAUAAUAUUGUAUAUGAAACUUCCUAUUAAGCAAUUUUUCUUGAUAAAAUUUAAUUUUAUUAAUUUACAAGCUUAUGUUAGGAGUUUACACAUGCUUUAUAUAACAUGCUUUACUCGUUACUGAAUUUUUUAAAAUUAUAUGAAAAAGCAGAAUAAAAAUGUAAUGUACAAAUAUUUUCUUUUGUUUUCGUUAUAAAUAAUUACAGCGAUGCUUCAAAAGUCCAGAUUCGGCCGCCUAAAAAAUAGAUAGUAACCUUUUGAAUGUAAUUUCUUGUUGUUCUU